ACCAGUAAUAACCAUCUCAUUAGCAUUUCCAUAGCAUGUGAUUCUCUACAGAAACGGGGAGGGGUUGUUCCCUUGUUGACCACAACAGAAACCUUCUAGUAUUACUAAUCUUUUGUUGGGCACUGAAACUUGACUUUGGGUUUAAACAGUACAUGGACCCUAUGUACUCAUGUAAUGGGCUGGAGGUCCAAUAAGACUCAAAACCACAGAACAAUGAUGAAGUCCCCAGUGGAAAAAGAAUUAAUUGAGGUUAUAUAGGCUUAUGGUGGACAUAAGAAAGGGCUGAUGGAAAUUGUCCCAGACCAGGGUGUAGGCACUCCAGGAGAUCCUCUGGUACUGGCAGGCUAUCCAAGCCUGUAUAUAUGAGCAGCAAGCUAGACCUUCAUCAGAAAUCCACAUGGGAACCUUCCAUUAUCUGCCCACCAACAGCUCUACAGAGUUGUACUGCAGCUUCAAGCAUCCUCAGAAACGAGAGAGAAAGAGAGAGAGAGAGAGAGAGAGCAGAAGAUGAUAAGUAUCAACUACCCUCAUGGGCACAGUGAGAAGGACACAGAUUUCUUCUAUUUGUCUCCUCUGUCUGCUCUUCAUUGCUGGGUUUGCCUACAGAUCUCUGUGGAUGAAACUUCCUUCUGACCCUAAUUUUGGGAUGAAUUCGCCCUCCUGCAAUAAUCUUGGCCCUGCUUCACUGGAGCAAGAACUUCAUGUCCUGAUGAAGGCGAUUGAGUGGCCUGAGCCUCCAGGUCCCAUAGAUUAUGAAUUCUCCACCAGUCCAUUUAAAACAGAGUUCCACAUGCCAUUUCCACGUGCCACAUAUUAUGUUGGAGAGUAUGUGGAAGUUCUAAUCACAGCUCGGGACCAACGUGGCCAACCAAAAACUUAUGGAGGGGAUUAUUUCCAGGCCAAACUGCACUCCCCAAAGCUGAAAGCAGGAGUCACCGGCUCAGUCACAGACCAUAGAAACGGCACCUACACGGCCUCCUUCUUGCUGCUCUGGCCGGGACAAGUGGAGAUCUCCAUAAGACUUGUCCAUUCCAGUGAGGCCAUAGCCAUCCUCAAAGAUAAGAGGGAGACUCGUCCUGACAAGGUCUCCUAUUUUGGAUACUUUUAUGGAACCAGUGAAAAGACAGAGUGUAAUGUGGAGCUCUUGGGACCUAAUGUCUGUGAAUAUAAUGACAUCUAUACCGGGGAGUCGUGGUUCUGCAAACGCCCAAAACAAAUCUCCUGCAGUGCGUAUAAAGGGCACUCAAUGGCUGGCAACCGUAACGUUCUCACUGCCAGAGAAGCAAAGUUCCUAAAUCAGUCUGUAAGAGAAAAACUGAUUUCAUCCAAAGUUGGAGCAUUCAUUGUCUUACAUCCAAAAAACAAGACAGCUCUGCAGAAACAAGACAUCUUUGGAAAAUCUCCAGUCCCCCAGUUGGCAAUAGACACAACACAUAAGUUUGUAGUGCAGUGGCAGGUCCACCAGAAACCAGUGACCAUGCAGUAUAUUGAUAAGGAGGAGUUGCAUUACAUUGCCAAUGACCUGGACAAGAUCGGGGGCAGCAAAGAAGGACUGGUAAUUGUUAUAAACUGCCUAGCGCAUUUCGUCUCAUUCUCAAACAAAUUUUAUGUGCGAAGGCUCCUUACCAUACGGGACGCUGUGCUUCGACUAGUGCAGCGCAAUCCACUAGUCAAGGUCUUCAUCAAGUCUGGUAACACUGGAUACUUGUAUUCCCAUGGCAGUGAUUGGCUGUCCCUUCAGUUGGACCUGAUAAUGAGGGCCAUGUUCUCUAGUCUGCCUGUUACUAUACUGGAUGCUUGGCAAAUAACCUCCUGCCAUUAUGAACCACAGCUCCUGCAUCCUGGACCAGUUAUUGUCAAGAAUCAGAUUGACUUAAUGUUGUCUUUUAUUUGUCCAACAGAUGAAGAAACUACUUCUUAAUAUAGUUCUGUUCAUAGCACAAUAUCAGUUUUAGUCAUUUACAGGUAUAAGCUCAAAGAAGCCUUCUUCUUCAUCAAAUUCCCUUCUUCGGUCAAAAGAGUUGAGAAUGGUGCUUGGGAUUCGUUUCUCCAGAAUGUUUGGUUGGGCAGUACAGAAGCACGAACUUUGCAGAGAUUUCUAGUUUUUUAAAAAACCCUACUGGUCCCGCUAGCCCUACUAGUUAGUUGUACUUUUAAUUUACAGCUGCAGUUAAACCGAUAGAAAGAAUGCACAACACAAUACGAGCUGGCAGAAAGGUCCAAAAAUGUAUUUAAUUGAUUGUAAAAGAAAGAUAUUAUUACAACAGAAUCAGAAAACCACUCAAAUAUAUCAACAGAAAAUAAAGGAAAGAAGAGGUUGUCUAUGCCCAAGGCAAAGCUGUAGUGCUACAUGGUUGGUUGGAGGAGAAAGCAAAUAUUAUGGUCGUGGAAACUUAAUUACUGGAGACCACCCAAAAAGAAGUUAAUUUGACACGAGCUGCAUGAAUUCUGAACUCACCAAGAAUCAAAAUACCAAACAAUGGAAAAACAGGGUGUUUAUAGAGUUUUCAUGGUCACCACUUGUAAGAAACUGAUCCUAGAAAAUUACAUUGUAGUUCUAAACUCAAGGACAUGGUUAAACUGAUCCAUAAAUGUCUUGAUACAACACUAACAACGUAAGGGGGCAACAAUGCUGCGGGUGAAAAUGUCAAUAUCUACCUUACUAUUAACCUUUUCCAAGCUUGUUGGGAUAUUUAUCCAUCUCUCUCUUAGCUUUUCCUAGCUAUUAUUUUCUUUGUCUUCAAAUGUUUUUUUAUUGGGUUUCUCAAUAGAACACGCCUUACUUGAAGCAAAUACCAUACAGCAAAUUAAUGAACAAAAAUGAAAGCUUAACAUGGCUAUAGAUGGAGUAAAUAAAUUGUACUAUUUUUUUUUGAAAGGUAUUUAUUUAUUCACAUUCAAAACAUAACACACAACAUAAAAGUAUAUGUCAGGUAACAUAGGCAGUGAUCAUAAUACUUCGAGGUCUCG